AAUUCCUCCCUCCUAAAUCAGUCUUAUAAUAAUAAAAUCAUCAGAAAACAUAUGCACUCUAAAACUAAAAGGGUUGUAAGAAUCGAGUGAAAUACAUUGGGCAAGUCAUAAGUGCAAAAGAGAGAAAAUAUGUUGAAUCUUAGCAGUCCAAGAUGCCUGUUCUUCUAUACGCUCCAGCUUCUAUUUGUUUUACAAGCUAAAGUCUUGUGUUUUCAACACAAAGUUGGAGACUUGAAUUCAUGGACAGUUCCAACUGCAGCAAAUCAAGGUGUCUACGACAAAUGGUCCAAAAAUAACAUUUUCAGAGUUAAAGAUUCUCUCUUGUUUUUGUACCCACCAAGCCAGGAUUCAGUAAUACAAGUAACACCACAAGCCUACAAAUCAUGCAACCUUAAAGAUCCAAUCUUGUUCAUGAAUGAUGGAAAUUCAUUGUUCAACAUAACUCAACCUGGAGAAUUUUACUUCACAAGUGGAGAAGAAGGGCAUUGUCAAAAAGGACAGAAACUUCAUAUCUCUCUUUCAGGAGAUGGAGCAGUUGUGUAUCCACCUUCAGAAGCACCAAGUGCAAUGUCAGACACUGCUGAUGCAACACCUUCUCGUCCAAAUUUUGGGUCUAUUCCAACUCCAUCUACUUCAUCUCCAAUUCUUAAAUUUUCACCAUUUUUGGGAUUCUUCAUUGUUUUUGCUACCUGGGUACUUGCCUAAUUUGCUGCAAUCAGAUUUGUAAUGAAGUUCAUAAUUUGUUUAUUUAUUUAUUUUUGUCGGUGACAAGAUUUUAAAUUUCAGAUGAGAUCCAAUCACCACGAUAUAAAAAGGGUAUAUUGGUAUAA